AUGACUACCACAACGUCGCUGUUCUCGGAGCUGGAGUCUCACCUCGCGGACACCCAAGCCAAGACUUAUGCACCGGAUGCACCUGACUUUAAGAAGAUUGAGCAAUGUUUUGUUGAGAAACAAGUACAGACUAUUGGUGUAGUCAGACCCCAAAACGGCGAUGAAGUCGCAUCAGUCGUUCGUUUCUGCUUGGAACGCAACAUCGAGUUUACUAUACGUGGAGGAGGCCACGAUUGCGCUAGUCGAACAUUGGUCGAUGGGACACUUGUUAUAGAUAUGCGAGAUAUAAAACACGUCGUCGUGGCCCAAGACCAGAAAAUCGCAAGAGUUGGUGGAGGUAUUCUCUGUGGUGACUUGGCCAACACUUUGGGUAAGGAUAAGUUGGCAACGCCCACUGCCACAGUUGCAAGUGUAGGAUACACCGGAUGGGCGACUCUUGGUGGCUAUGGAUCUUUGACAUCGCAUUAUGGUCUCGGUGUUGACCAGAUCGUCGGAGCCAAGAUUGUCAACGCUUGUGGAGAAGUUCAAGAUGCUAACGAAGAACUACUUGUUGGUAUCCGAGGUGGUGGAGGAUCACUCGGCAUAAUCAUUGAAUUGUCCAUCAAGGUUUAUCCUAUUGACAAGAUUCUCGUAUCUACUAUCAUCUACGACUCAACCGACCUAUCCACUGCUCUCGCCUCCUACAAUCAACACUACGAAAGACUCCUCGAGUCGGGACAGCUCCCCGUUUAUCUUCAGUUGCAGCCCAUGAUUGCCCAAAUGCCAGGCCAGCCUGCAAGUCUGAUGAUACUCGCGACCUGGCACGGCGACGACAAAGACGAAGGCCACUCUUGGAUCAAGAACAUUGCUGGGGCAGCGAAUUGCGUCAUGGAAAACACGCAAGAGAUUACACUCGCCGAGAUGCUUGCAAAUAACGAAAAGCUCGUAACGUGGCCGUCUUACGGUCGAGUCUACACCCUUAAUGUCGAGAGAAUGACAGAAGAUGCCGUCAAGAUUUUGGGGAAGCAUUGUGUCAGUGCUCCAGGCGGAAGUCUCAUCUUCUCAUAUCAUACACUACUUUCAGCACAAGAACCAGAACAGAAGUCUGUUUUUGGGACACGGGCGCGCCAUCAUAUGUUUGAGAUCUACGCUAUGAUUGGAGACAAGACUAUCGCCGAAGAGCGGGUUCAGUGGGCUGCCAAGGUCAAGGCCAAUCUUCAGGCGGAAGACGCUGAUAAUAUCCUGGAGGGUUCAUAUAUCUCUCUUGGGUCUCAUGAGGACGCUGAUGUCAAAAAGAUAUAUGGGAAACAUUAUGAUACUCUGGCGGCUCUGAAGAAGAAGUAUGAUCCUGAGAAUGUAUUCAAGCAUAGCAUCCCGAGACUCGUAAUUGCUGGGAAGGAAACUGGGAUCAUCGAAGCUUGA